AUGCCCGAAACAAUACACGAUUCCUUCUAUUCUAAAAACGCUCCCAGUUCUACUUUUGCUCCAGCAAAUAAAUCACGGGUCGAUACAUACCGGUACGACGAGUCGGUAGAGGCAAGCACGCCGAGCUGCCCGACGACGAGCGUCAACUUCGAUCGGGAUCUACCAUCGUCUCAGAUCACAAAAUGGCGUCGAAAGAUCGCGGAAUAUUUGCAAAAACAAAAGAAGAAAGAGAAAGCGACCGCCUUUAAGCGUAAGCACGGCGGCAAAGGCAUCGUGAUGGCGGCCGAAGACCACGAUGCCGUGAUCCGAACAUGCGCGAAGGGCUCCGAUCUGAAUAGCGGUGCCGAGAACGUAACCUUCAAGGUCGUCAAAAGAGCGGCGAUGCAGCAGUCGAGUCUUAACGAGAUCUUGUAUUUGAAUACCGAUUCCAUCCUCGUUGCGGACCCGGGUCCGAUCUGGCGGCUCGUCGGACAGCCUUGCCGGAAACGAGUACGAAGGCGAGUCGGGGCAGAUGGUGAUCUCGCGAUCCCGGCACCAGGACCUGCUGCUGGCCCGGACGGGCAAUGGAUGUUUAUCCACCCGAACCUGAUCAAGCACGGCUCGUUCUUACAUGCUUGGAUUAGGCUUCCCUCAAUGCUGUCCAUUCUUUUGGACCGUGGCGUCCGCGCAGGUCCAGUCAAAACCCUUGGCCAGAAGCUUCACGAUAUGGUAGAAAGAGAACGGAACGCCGGCCUCCUGAUUCGGAAACUUCCGCAAAGGUUCCAAUUCGAAAGCUUCGAGCUUUCCGCGAAGUCACCGGUCCUUAUGAGCACAGUAGGGAGGCUGGUGAGAAGCUUCCCCGGAGCAGCAAUCGCGGUAGACCAAACAAAAGUGUCAACACCCGGCUUCCGCGAUGUUCUUACCGAAACGCUCUUUGCUUUGGAAAGUGAGGGAAUCGACGAAUCUAUAAGCAAAUUUCCCGGUCAUGCUCCCAGAGAUGGGAUUCCUGUUCUUAAGCUGCCUGGUAUUUUACGUGGUCUCGGCUCACCCGUCGCUAUUUCUCGGAUCCACAAACGUACUAAGGACGAGGGCAUUUUUGGAAGUGGCCCAAAACCGUUCCGUCGCUCGCCACGCUGGCUGUUGCUCAAAGUGUCACUGCAGACAACGCUCGCCGACCAGAAGCGCUACGAGAUAUUCAUGAUCUAUUUCACAGCUACCGCUCUCGAACGGGCAGUGACUGCUGACGUUUCCAGCGACAAAAUUCAUGUUAUGCUUGCAAAGAUUGCGCGACGUAUCAUGAAACUGGGUUUCUUCAUCAAGGAGGAUGCGCCUUGGGCUCCCUUAUUAGAGCCUGCAGCAAAAGCAGCUGUUUUUGAGCUCGACAUUCCUAGCUUUAUCCGCAGCUGGCGUUCUAUUUCGUAUCAGAUUCUAGCUGAUGUGCUGAACCCUUUACCGUACGAGGGUCUGAAAGACUACGUCAAGCAGAAUGUUGACAGACUGGAAUUCGUCUUGAAAACUAGGCCCUUGGCUCAAACCGCAGGCAGAGCAGUAGUAGUGUUCGAAGCCACCGAAGAAAUUGCCUGCCUCGAAAACCGAUCAAAACUUGCUAUGCAAGAUUCGUUGUCUUAA